AUGUGUGGUACUCUUUCUUACCUUGAGAGGGAGGCCUUGGAAGAUUAUUACCAAAGGAAUCGAGAGGUGAUAAUUAAUUUGGCUAAAGUAGUAUCGAAAACACUGGGAUUUGAAGAAAAUUACUUAGAGAAGGAAUUUGAGUUAGAAACUGGGGCUGAUGUUUCUGCUAUGAACGUGUAUCCGCCCGGGUUUAAACCCAACACUCAAAUCGGUUUGCCGGCUCAUUAUGACCCUGGCUACUUUGGUUCCCUCAUACAAAACGUCAACGGUGGUCUCCAACUAAACUAUAAACAAAAGUGGAUCAAUCUUGAUAUGCCUUCCAAUGCCUUUUUCAUUAAGAUUGGGGAUCAUGCUGAGGUUUUAACAAAUGGGAAGUACAAGAGUCCUAUGCAUCGUGUGAUCCUGAACAACGAGGUGAGAAGAAUCUCUGUGGCCACAGUCCAUGGACCAUCACUUGACACAUUUGUGAAACCAGGUCCAGAGUUUGUGGGCGAGUCUCACCCACCAGCAUACCGAGGGAUGAUCUACAAGGACUCCUUGGAAGCCAAUGGUUACCAUGAGAUCGAUGGAAAAUCAUGCAUAGCACAACUUCGACUAUGAACUAGAGUUCAUGCUGGCAAGGAGUUGUUAUGUGCUAAGCCAUUAAAAUAAUAAUGUGUGGAAGUAAUUAAAUAGAAUUGCUCAUAAAUAAAUUUCUGUUGCAGUGCUAAUACUUAUGAAUAAGGUUUAUUGUUUUGAUAAUAAAGU